UUGACAGUCACGCCAUACCACUUAACCUCUAAGAAUAACAACAAAAACAAAUCGUUUUUCUCUAGAAAUCCACUUUAUUAAUAAAUAACAUUUUUAAUUAAUAUACGCUUUGAAAUGUCUGAUAAUGAUUCUACUGAUGCUAGUGGUGCCGACGAGAAAGAUAAUCAGCAAGAUAGGAUAGAUGAGGAUGAACCUGAAAGACAAAAAAUACGAGAAAACCUCUCCACCUUAAGUUUUCAAGAACUCAUAGAGCUCAAAGAGAAACUUGGGUCUAAAGUAUAUAAUGAAACCUUAUUUGGGCAAUCAGCAUUAAAGAAAAAGAAAACUCAGAAGGAACUGAAAAGGACUAACAAAAAUAGACCAAGGGAAAUUAGUUCGAAAAUCAGGCCUAAACAAAUUAGGACCAUUUUAAAUAAGAAUACUGAAAGCAACCAUAUAAGAAAAGUGACACCUAGAGAUCCCCGUUUUGAUCCAUCCUGUGGUGAAUUUGAUAAAACCACUUUCAAACAAAAUUACCACUUUAUCAAUGAUUUGAAGAAAAAUGAGAAAGUAGAGUUGCAAAAAGAGUAUAAUGAAUGCACUGAUCCUGAUCGGAAACACACUAUAAAACUAUUAAUUCAAAGGAUUGAAAAUCAAUUGCGGGAGGAAGAGAAAGCUAAUAAGGAGAAACAAAAAGAGGAGAUUGAAAGAGAGGAAAUCAGAGAAAAGAGAAAACAAGGAGAGAAACCUGUAUUUAAAAAGAAAUCUGUUAAAAAGUUGGAAGGUUUGGUGGAGAAAUAUGAGGAAUUAAAGAAAACCAACCGGCUAGAGAAGCACAUACUAAAGAGAACCAAAAAGAUGCAAGUGAAGGACAGAAAAAUCAUGGCAAAAAUAAAAUAAUGUUUUAAUUAAGGCGAUUUAAUAUAAUUUUUUUUAUUACAA